AUCAUAGUUGCUCCGAGUUCGAACUUGACGUGGCACUUGACGCGAUACGUCCGCACCUGCGAUACGUCUUUUCCUCGCCCCACCACCGUCAUCGCCUAUAGUAGUUUCCCCUACCUCGCGGACGACCAUCUCCACCUUCCCCCCACCCCUCCGCAAUCCUUUCUGCUUGCUCCGUUCGGUUCAGUUCGUGGUGCGCCGCCGUCGAGGCAAGUGUCGCGCGAGAAGACUCGUCCUCGUGUCUCGUUCCUUCAAGUCGCGAGUGAUACGCGCCCUAUAGAGAGAAAGAGAGGGAGAGUGUACAUGUGUAUCUGUGUGUCAGCGGUACACAAGAGUGCGUGCACGCGAGUGCGAUCCCGUACGUUUACCGAUCGCUGUGUGUGUGUGUGUGUGUGUGCGUGUGUCUGUAUCGGCGUGUGUCGUAUACUACGUUUCCGUCUCUGCUUUCGAUUCUCGUCGUGGCUUCUGCUCUCGUGUACACACACACACAUAAACGCACACGCACCCGCCUUCUAUAUAAAUACACGGCGAGCGAGAGACGCGCGCGCGCGCGCGCACGCACACGCACGCACCAUCCGGAGGCAUGACAGCGACGCGGGAGUGUUACCCCAUACGGUUCCUCUCGGUGCACGAUCGAUCGGCUCAGCGAGUGAUCUUAUGAGACGCGCAUCCGGAGACAGUUGGCUGGCUGCAGCCAGCGUUGCGCGAUCAAGGAUCAAAUUAACCGUCCCCGAGUGUUGAGAACAACGACGACGAGGAGAGGAAAUACCGCUGGAUGAGAGGCCAAAGAGGAUAGAGGAGGAAAAGAGGCUAGGGAGAGAAAUAUACGAGCGAACAGAAGGAAAAACGAACGGAAGAAUGAACGGCCCCGGGAGUCAUCAGCAUCGUGGCUUGGGCAUGCAGGGUCGUUAUAGAGCUGUGGUGUCCAAUGGCGUCUCGUCGGGUCCGCACGUGCGCGCCCCAUCGCUGCCAUCCCACCCCCGCAACGGCGGAUGGCAUCCCCAGCAUCAGCAGCCGCCGCCGCCGCCGCCGCAGCAACAGCAGCAACAGCAGCAGCAUCCCCAGCAAUACGCUGCCGCCAACAAGGAAUACCCGUAUCGGCAAUGCCCGCCACCACGAUAUCACAAUGGAGAUUGCCCCGGGGUUGGCACGUCCUCCGGACCGGCUGGCAAGGAGGUUUCCUAUCACGGGAACGUGGGUGGAUCCAGCGUGGGAUACAAGCCGCCCCCGCAGCACAGUCCGCAGACGAGGGGCCCGCCAUCGCACUUCCCCCAGGAGUCGGUAGGCCCGCCGGCCAACUCCCCGCCGUUGCACAUCAAUAUUUGCGGACAGGAGAACGCCAUGCGUGGCCCUCUGUUGAACAUGAGUCCCGGCCUUGGAGCCAGCGGAGUGGACAUGGAGUACCGUAGAAACUCUCAAGCCACAAAUCAGCUACCUCUGAGUCCCGUGCAGAUCCAACCGUCACCGCCGUAUUACAGACAGCCUAGUCAGGACGAUGGUAGAAAGAGCGAGUCGCCGUCGAGGAAACGUCGUCGAAUAUCCCGCAACGGCACCGUAUCCGGGAUAGAGGUCCGAGAAACGACACCCCCGGCGCCGACGCCGCCCCUGCACACAACCCCACCGCCUUGGGAAUUUGGAGGCGCGCCCCAACGGCGCUCCCCGCGCAAUCACAUGUCCACCCGCGGCAGUCCAACGGUUAGGAACCGUUAUCAGCGAUACACGGACUCGUUCGGGCUCUCCUAUCCGUUCCUACCGGGUCACAAUCCUCACCAGAGUAUCCACAAUUCUCACCACGGCCUCCACAAUUCGCAUCACAACAUCCACAGCUCCCAUCCGCACGGCCUGCACAAUUCCCAUCACAAUAUCCACAACGCCCAUCAGGCGCAUCCCCAUCCGCAUCCAACGGCCGGUGGCACCGGACACCAUCCCGCCCAAGGUGCGAACGCGCCCGUGGUCGUGGACGUGGGCCAGGUCGGCGUGUCCGGCCUGCCGGUUACCGUUAGCGGGGAGCCCCUGUGGCAUCCGCAGGCGCCGAGCUACAGGAUUCCCUGUCAACUUCACAGUCUCUAUACGCCUCACGGAACGCAUCCGUUCGGACACUCGUGCCAGGUGACGCACCAUCACAGUCACUAUUCCGCCGCUCAUCCAACGCAUCCGGGUCAUGGUCUUGUCGGUUCCUUGGUAGGAGCUGCUUCAAGAGGAUAUCCAACACCAGCUGGCGGUCCUGUAGCAGCACUGCAUCACACACAUGCACCUCCACCACCCGUCCAUACUACCGAUUAUACUGCGCAUCAUCAACUAUCUCAGCAGAGAGAAGUCGAGCUCGAACUGAUAGAGUCGCAUCAUCAUCACAGAGUGGGCGCCGCGGCUGGUGCGCCGCUACCGUUACCGCACUCGUACUCUCCACCGGCCCUUACGCAGGUGACAACCCCACCUCCUAUAUUCCUGUCCGAAACGCGAAACAGUCAAUUGGAGAUGAUGCAGAAUAGAACUCGACGAGUAACGUCCAACGUUUUGCGACGACCGAGAUUCAGCAGAUGGAGGGGUACGACUCCGUUACCACCCAUGACGUAUCCGGGAUACCUACUACAUUUCCUAGCAAUGUUCAGCAAUCCACCGCUGUCUCCGUAUAAUCAGGCUGAAUUAUCCUCGCCUGACUCUGUAACGGAGAAUUACGAGGCGCUGCUAUCCUUAGCCGAGAGAUUGGGCGAGGCUAAGCCACGCGGCUUGACUCGUGCGGAGGUCGAACAAUUGCCGUCUUACAAAUUCAACGCGGAGACACACCAGGGCGACCAGACCAACUGUGUCGUUUGCAUGUGCGAUUUCGAGGCCCUCCAAUCGCUACGUGUUCUACCGUGUUCUCAUGAAUUUCAUUCCAAGUGCAUCGACAAAUGGCUUAAGUCUAACCGAACGUGUCCGAUUUGUCGCGGUGACGCCGGAGAAUAUUUCGGAAAUAGCAGCGGCAAUAGUGACUGACGCCAAGCCGACGAUGUACACUAGCGCGAAGCGUCCCAGCCAUCGAGGACACUAUCACAUAUUAUGGGGAUCCCGGUCGUUGCGCUGCUGCUAUUUCACGCGAAUCUCUGCCGUUAAGCAUCUCUUUCGCUUUCUUGGGGCGAGAGACGAAACAAUCGCCGAUACAAGAUGUUAUGAUAUGAUUCGUUGAUGAUGAAACAUUUUUUUCGAUCGAGAAUGAUAAUUUUGAAACAGGUCGAAUCACAAAUGAGAGAAUUGUUUCGAUAUAUGCGACCUCGUUGAGUGUCUCGAGCGCAGAGAUAUCAAGAUUGAGCGUCUUUCCUGCUUUGGAAGAAAUAUAACCUGACGCGAUAAAAGCAAUUUAGCAAAACGACGAAAUAGCCAAGAGACGUUAAGGGCUCCAACGUUCCGUUAAGUUACGGCGCGCAUUUCCUAUCAAAAAGAAAGAAAAUCACGAGUCGGAGAUAUUACUUUGUUUUUGUUCAUAAUGCUUUAAUUAAUAUUUUAACGCUCAUUAAUUAUUCGUAUUGUGCUAUUCUGCAUUAUCGGAUUUAUGUACAUAAAAAUAACUGUAUACGCAGAUAUCGCAACUUUCCAUUAACGUUCCAUUUUUUAUAGUUUAUCUUUCAGUCUAGUGAUUGUAUAUACAUAUAAAUAUAUAUAUAUAUAUUUGCAUAAAUACCCUUAUAUACAUAUACGUGUGCGCGUACAAAGCAAGCGGUAGUUUUGUUUGGACUUAACCAAAUGUAGAACACGAAUUCUUUUGCAAUAAAAAAAAGUGUUUAUCGUCAGAGAGAUAAGGGAAAAAAAAUUGUAACUUCCUAUUGUUAUAUAAGCUCUUGUGUCUUUGUAGUAGACCAGCUAAUUAUUUUAUUAUAUUAUAGAAAUGUAUAUGUAAGUAAAUUAAAAUUACUUGGCACCUUAAGUGCGAUAGGUAGAAAUUGUUGGAUUAUUGCACCGGGAUGCCACAUAACUAUUUUAUUAUAUUUAAAUAUCUAUAGGUUCGUGUUUUUUUUUUAAUUCGACAAUUGUUUCUCUCUCGCGGUAAUUAAUUAUCCGUUAUCUUUUCUAUGCUUUAUUAGAAUACGUGGAACGACUGUUCGUGUCGUCUCGUAUACUUCGUGAAAUCUGAUUUAAGAGUGAUACGUUUAAAUACACGUGAAAUUCGAUGAAAAAUUGUUUUACAAUCGCGAGAGAGACCCGGCACGCAUAAUAGCCAAGUGCACAUGAAAAAAGAUGAACGAAAGGAAAAAAAAAGAGAACCUAAGAAUAUCGCUUCUGUUUCCUGCGUAUCUACCUCUGAUAGAAGAAACAAGACGAUUCAUAUUUUUUUAUAUACACACAUCUCAUAAACAAUAAACAUACCUAUGAUAAGUGAAGGCAGAGAGCGACCGGCUAAAAAACGAGAUUCAAACGUUUCGAAACAUUCGAGAAGGAAACACUAAUGAUUAGAAUCAUUAAAAAAAAAGUGACAAAUGCUCGCUGAAUACAAAGUGCUAUGCGGAUAUAUAUAAUCGAAUGUACAGUCGCGCGAAAAAUUCUCGUUACGUUAAAUCUUUCUAAUUAGGGUUGAUCAUACAAGAGUUUCAUAAAACUUUUUGUAGAAGCGAUUACAAUGUAGAUCGAAUUUUGCCACGAACAAGUUGUGUGCUUUUAGUUAAUUAUAUAACGCUUCCUCGUUUAUACAUGAUGUACUUUUACGGCAAUGUGAGAAAAUUGAAAAGAUUUGUUUAUAUUGUUAUUUUUAAGAUGUUUCGUGUAUACUGUUAGAUAGCGAAUGGCAAGAUAUAAAUUGUUGGCAAGAUACGAAUUGUUGAAGGCAAUUUCUUAUGUUUCAAAAUGAAUAAAAUGGCGGGAUAUGUAAUGAUG